CGAUUGUGAGGUUAUAAAGAUGAUAAACAACUUGGUUUUUCGUAAAUUAUUAAAUUAUCCGUUAUUGGAACAAAUAAAUCAUCUACACACUACGCGAAUAUUAUCGGCUUGGUCACCGUUGGGAGAUGGACCGCAGAAAUGGUUGGCGUACAACAAAAAGAUUUAUCCUCCUCAAGAACCGCACGAGGAACGGAGACCGGCCUUUGUAUGCCAUCAACGCACAAACAUAAAGUACAGCCCGUGGAAAAUGUGGUACAUUGCGAGUAUGAUACGAGGCAUGUCAGUCGACGAGGCGAUCAAGCAACUGAAGUUCGUCUUAAAAAAGGGCGCUAAAGACGUCAGAGAAACGCUAGAGGAAGCUAAAGAAAUGGCAGUCAAAGAGCAUAACGUCGAGUUUCCCAGUAAUAUGUGGGUUGCCGAGUCGCUAGUAGGAAAGGGAAUUGUUUUUAAAGGGAUGCGACGGCAUGCUCGCAGAAGAAUGGGAAAAGUGGAAUAUUUUCAUUGCCACUACUUCGUCAGGCUUGAGGAAGGUUCUCCUCCUAAACAUUAUUAUCAAAAUGUACCGAAAGAACCAAGUGAAAAACUUGAGGAGUGGCUUCAGCAAAUGAGAAGCCGAAAGAUUAUUAAUUCUUUGUAAAUCACGUUCCAUUCUGUAACUAAUUGGCGUAUUUUUAAUAUAUUAGAAGGGUUGCAAAA